AUGAGCUUCAAGGGGUUUUCCAAGAGCCUCGCUCGAGCGCCACAGCAGUUCAAAGUCAAGUUUAACAUCGGUGAACACACCGUCGAUGCCGUGUAUACCGACUCCGAGCGCCGCUUCCAGGAGCUAGAGAAGGAAACAAAGAAGCUACACGAUGAGUCUAAGAAGUACUUUGACGCUAUUAAUGGGAUGUUGACCCACCAGAUCGAGUUCUCCAAAUCAGUCGCCGAGAUUUACAAGCCCAUCUCAGGCCGAGCCUCCGACCCCAACUCAUACCACGAUGAAGGAAACGCUGCGGGCAUCCAAGCUUGUGAGGAGUAUGAGGCGAUCGUGCGGGAGCUGCAGGAGGCCCUCGUGCCCGAGCUAGAGAUGAUCGAGAGCCGAGUGAUCAGCCCUGCGGACCAGCUCCUUGAGGUGAUCAAAGUCAUUCGCAAGGUAGCUGUCAAGCGCGACCAUAAGAAACUGGACUACGACCGUCGGAACGCCACCCUCAAAAAGCUGGAGGAGAAGAAGGACAAAUCCAUCAAGGAUGAGAAGGCUCUAUACAAGGCCGAGAAUGACGUCGAGCAGGCGACACAGGAAUACAACUAUUACAACGAUUUGCUCAAGGAGGAGCUACCGAAGCUAUUCACCCUUGAGGCGGAGUUUAUUCGCCCACUAUUCCAGUCCUUCUACUACAUGCAACUCAACGUCUUCUACACCUUGCACGAUAAGAUGCAACGCAUGAACAUCAGUUACUUCAACCUCGACCUGGAUGUGGUGGAGGCAUUCGAGCAGAAGCGCGGUGAUGUGCAGGAACGCACCGAAGCUUUGUCAAUCGUCCACUUCAAGGCACAAGGCGCUCGUCGCUCCAACUCCAAAUUGAAUCCCAAACUGGCCGAAGCCAAACGUGGGAGAUCUUCCUCCAACGUCGAUGAGCUCCCCCCACCCCCUUACUCGGCCGGCGCUGCUACCCCUAGCCCAACCGGCAGCUUCUCCUCAGCUGCCAAGAGCAAACCGGCCCCACCGCCGCCAAGAGCGAAGCCCGCUCACCUCAGCAAGCCUGUCGAGACGGCGACCGCACUUUACGACUAUGAAGCACAGGCACAUGGUGACCUUGGAUUCUCUGCGGGUGAUGUGAUCGAAAUUACUCAACGAACGGAGAACACAAACGAAUGGUGGACCGGGCGGACCGGUGGCCGGGAAGGCCAAUUCCCUGCGAACUAUGUGCAACUGAAUUAG